AUGAAAGGAAAUGAAAAUUUAACUCCCGUAUAUGGGUUAGUGGAUUUAAUUUUACCUAAAAGCGGUGUUCCCCUUUUAUUUGCAAUGAUUUUUAGCAUUUCCAGUGUUGGUGGUCGGCUGGGCAACUCAACUUUGUAUUUAGAGCUAUCAACUGCCUGCCAAAUGCAUUGUUUGUUCUCAAGAUCACCGAUAAAUGAUAAACAGGCUGAGAAUUUUCCAAGAGGGAUCGCAGGAGCUCCGUCGCAUUGCUUCAAUAGACUGGCUCUAAAAUGUUCUACCAAAUCUAUCCGAGAACCACUGAAUGCUCAUUUCUCAGGCUCGUCUAAAUUCCCACCUGACUUCCCGGAAUUUGCAAUUAUAAGUCCCAGAAAAGAUAAUAUUUCCAAAGUCAAAAAUCUCUCAUUUCUUCAACCUUGUUUCUUUUAA